CUGGAAGUUUUUGAUCUUUUGCUGUGACUGGGACUAGGAAAAACCUAAAACAUAAAAUGAAAUUCAACAUAUAAGAAGUGUAUAUGAAAAAUCAUGAAUAAAGCACUAAUUUACCUGUGUAAACAUAAUUCUAUCGGGAUUUGUAAGGGUUUAUCAAACUACACUUUAGAUUUUAGAUAACUCCAUAGAUAAAAAUCCAAUGGGGUUAAAUGUGGAGACCUUGCUGGCCAUUCAAUAAAACCCCCCUUCCCAUUCAUCUAUUCGGAAAAAUGCUGAUAAGAUUACAUUUUACAUAGGCACCAACUUCCCCACCUCUACCAGAUCGAUCCUUGUGAUAAAAACAGUAGCCAGGGAUAUUCAGUGCAUUAACAGAUAAAUUAUUGUUUAGCCACGUCUCGGUUAACAUAACAACAUCGAAGUCAUGUUCAACAACCAAUGAGGUAAACUCCUGAAAACCAUUGAAAAGCAACCUUACAUUGAGUUGUGCAACCUUCAUGCUUUAUAAGAGAACACAGGUAUAUACAAGUAUAAUAGUGACAUUUUCAUUACCAAAUGAAACUUAUGCAACUAAAGGAGUAAAUGCGUUAAAUUUCAAAAAAAUUUACAAACCAAAAACAAAAAUGUUAUAUGUUUUAAAAGAAGUAAUAUUAUGUUAUCAAUAUUAUUUAUAUCUAUACUGAACCAGAGAUAGGCUUACAAAAUUAGUAGCUGUUAAUUUAAUUAUUAAUUAAAUAAAUAUUUUAACAAAUUUACAAGCGUUAAUCCCACCUAACUACUGCAAAAGGCAAAAGCAAAGAAAAAGAAUAAAUAAAACAAAACAGCAGCUCAAGCUCUUCACAAAUUUACCUGCAUGAAAUAUAAAAAAAACUUUUUACAAAAUCAAGAAUUACUGUGUAGUUUAAGUGCAAUUUUGUAAUUAAGAAAACUGUGAAAUUUGGCAAUCAAACUGAUUUGACAAAUUUGUCUCUAUGCAGCCUGUAUAAUUUAUUGAACCGUAAAAAAAAAUAUUUUAUUAUCCAAUAUGUGAUGAAACCACAACAAUGAAAAUGUGAAGGUAUUCCUAGGACUGGUUCAUAUAACGGGGUCAUAGGAAUUAUCUUUUUUUUCAUGACUGAUAAAAUUGUAAAAAUUCAAACAGAAUAUAGAGUAGAUUAUGUAUUUAAUUAUGAAUAACUGUCAUACAAAUUUGCAAACUGUCUCGGGUAAACUACCCAAUGGUUGGCACUUUAAGGAAAGUUUUAUCUUUGCGUCCUAUAGUUCUAUAUGCAUGUCGGCCAUACGUAUUUUUCUAAGAAUAUUAAGAUAAGGAUUUGUUUUGAUUAGUAAUAGGCUUGGUAUUAAGUUACUGUCAACGAUCGGCGGUACGGCCGUCCAUUAAUUAUUUUUAUGAGUCUGAGUUCAUGUUGAUUUUUAGUGAAGUUUAUUUAGAAAUAAAAUAAAGGACAUGACUCAAUAUCUUUUAAGAGAUAUCGAGAAUCGAGUGGAACGAGGCCGGGAAUGAAUGCUUGAAGAAGCAUAAAGGAACAGAAAAGGCAGUCUUUUGAGAGAACUUUGUCAAUAUAGUAAUUAAGUGUGUGUUUUCACAAAUUACAAGUUUUACUUGUAACGAACAUGUCCACCGAAAAUAAUAAUACUGACUCUCUGACAUGCAUCUUGAGGUUAAUUUUUUGAAUCGCCAAAGAUACUAUUUUUAAAAAAUGAAAUUAGAUUUAUAGUAAAAAAGUAAUAUCUAUUAUAAUUAAAUAAAACUAGAAAACUAGGACCAAUUGCCCAAUGAUUGGCACCUUUUAACCUAAUAUUGGCACCCACAUUUGCCCAAUUAUUGGCACUUCUGUUUUCAUUCAAUUUGUGUACUUAACAAUAAUUAGGUGUUUACCAUAAAUAAAAAACCUAAUUUUAUAUAAAAUUUUAAAUGAACAAAGUGUAACAAAGAAAAAACAAAGAAAUUGAAAAAAUUGAUUUGACACAAACUUUGAUUAUCAAAAUAAAGCAUUAUCUUAAGGUGAAUAAUAAAAAUUAAAAUUAUUUUCAUAAAACAUAAAUAUUUACUUAAGAACAUUACUCAUAUUAUUUAAUAUUAUUUAUUUAUUUAUUUAUUUAUUUAUUAACGGAAUCCAUUUACAAAAGUGUUACAUAGCAUACAAACAUCUAUAAAUCAGUGAACGGUGUAGAUGAGUUAAUUAAUUAAAGCCCCUAUGAGAAGAAAAAAAAAGUUAAAGCCCCAGAUUCGACUCGGAGAACGGUCGUACCGCAGCUUGUGCGUUCUUAUAUCAUAAAUACGUGUAUAAUCAGGAUAUCAGAAGAUCAGAAAAAUUUUAAUUUUUGGUCGGUAUGUUACGUGAAGUGCGCUCUAAAUCGUGAUGUAAAAACAAAUUGGCUUACUGUAAAUUAAAGUGACAAAUUGGUGUGAUUUCAUUUCCAUAAAAGAACUUGGAAUGCAAUCAUAUAAAUAAAGAUUUUGUGUACAAAUACCAUUGGGUGAUUCUCUGAGACUGUUGUCUGAAUGUUUCUUGCUUCCAUGAAAUGAAUUGGUGUUAUGGGGUCAUUCUCUGAGAAGUAUUUACAAUCACACAAAAUGUAUGGUAUGAAGCCAAAAAGUAAAUUUAAAUGCUGUGCUAAUAAAACAUUUAAUAAUUAUUUAUGCAUUGAAUGUUUGGGAUUUUUUCACCCAAGCUGUCUUUGGGAUUUUCGGUCACAUGAAAAAAUAGGACAAACAAAAAUUUUUUGUUCUGAUGUGUGCAAAUCAACUGCUUCCUCACCUAAUUCUGUAAAAUCCGUUGAGCAUGAUAAUGCACUUAAAUUGGUUGCCGAGCUUCAAUCCAUGCUCAAUGAAAAGAACAUCUUUAUUGAACAGUUAGAAUUAUCUAAAAAUGAUGAAAUUAGUUUUCUACAGGAUAGGGUGACUGAUUUGCAUAAGGAACUAGAAUCUAGGGAUAAUGCUUUUCGAAAAGAACGCAAACUAACUCAGGCUUCGAGGAGGAUAUAUUGGAAGCAGAGCGCAAAAUGGUUGAGAAAUUAAAUAACAAAAGAGAAGAGGUUAUUAAGUUGCGAUCUGAGAUUGAUAAAUUAAUGCUGAAUGAAGAGCUUUUGAAAAUUUCUAUUUCUGAUCAGAAGGAAAAAAUAUCUUUACUCCAGAAAGAUCUAGAAGAAGCUAAUUCGAUAUGCAAAAAAAUGAUUACUUCAAUUAGACUUCUUGAAGCAGAAAAUCAAUCAUACUCUUGUGAAAUACCUUCUCUCAAAAAUGACAUGGAGGUAUUUAAAGCCUCUAACUCACGCGAGGAAGUUAUCCAGGAUUCUUCGGAUAUCGAAUUUGACACUCAUUGUACACUUAGUACAGAACUUGACAAUCCUUCUAGUACCAAGAAUUUAACAGUACCUGAUGUUAAAGAGUUUUUUGUGACAAGUAAUCCUGUCAAUGUAUGCAGAAAGCAGGUCCUGGUGUUUGGUGAUCAGACUGCAAGAGGUGUAGCCUCUAGGAUGACACAUUCUUUGGACUCUAAGAUCUAUUCUAUUCACGGUGAAGUUCACUCCAACUAUACUUUAUCCCAGAUGGCAAACCGUAUAUUUGAAUUAACCACUGACUAUGUUAGUACGGAUAAUAUUAUUGUUUGCUUAGAUUUAGGAUCAACUUAUUUUGACUGUCACUCCUUUUAUGGUUUACUUUCUUUGGGUAAAUUCACUAAUUUAACUUUAAGCUUAACUUACGAUGAUACAAAUAAGUUUAAUUAUUUUCAUGUGGUAUCUAUUUGUAAGAGAUUUCUUAAGUCCCAAAGGGCUUCAGUAAGAAUUUUCAGCAAUAACUCUCAAAAUAAUAAAUUUAGAAUUAGUAAGAGUGCUCUUUGUGUUCGUCUGGUUUUGUUUGUUACUGUUAGUUAUGCGUUAAAAAGAAAUUUUGUACUCUCCCCCGUUCCAUUAUCUAAUGUUAAUUUUGAUAAGCAUUCCAGUGGCUCUAACUCUGAUAGUUCUCCUCUUACUCUUAACUCUACUUCAGCUUAACUUCUACUAACUUCUACUUCUUUUUUAGGGUAGGCAACUUUGACGCAUGCAUUUCUAUUAUGCUUUUGAAUAUUCAAUCACUGCGCGGUAAAUCUGAUGAUUUGUAAAUACUUUUAGACAGUUUAAAUUUUCCAAACAUUGUCUUACUUACUGAGCACUGGUUGAGAAAUGAGGAACCAAUUUCCCUUCCUGGCUACUCUGUAGCUUCCAAAUUCUGUAGGGCUGGCCUUGGAUAUGGUGGCACUGUGGCUCUUGUGCAUCAAUGUUUUUGCGACGGCUUUGUUGGUUUUGGCGAUUUUGAUGAUCUUAGUGUCGAAAAGGAGUUUGAAUUCUCAAUUGUUUAUUCUGGUAAAGCCAAUUAUUAUAUUGUGUGUAUGUAUCGUUCCCCAAAUAGUAGUAGUACUUUUUUAGAUAGGCUUGCUAACAAUUCCUUUUUAAAUUUUCUCCUAAAAAUACUAUAAUUCUUGCUGGCGAUCUUAAUAUAGAUUUUGAAGAUGGGGAGAAUAGGGCUACAUUGGAUUUAAUUAAUUUGCUUCCCUACGCGUGUAACAGGUACCACAUCAACAACCAUUGACUAUGUUGCCUCCAAUAUACAGGAGAAUGUAAUUUGUAAUUUAUUUGAUCCAGCUUUGUCUGAUCAUAAUGCCAUCCUGGCUCAGGUGCCAUUCAGAAAAAAAUACAAAUCCAGAGGUUUGGGUAGAAUUUACAGCACAAGGAACUUCCGGUCUUUUGACGGAUGUCGGACUUUUAAUUGGGACUCAAUAUUUUGUGAGCAGGAUGCUCUUGCUUCAUUUCACCCAUCUCUUUCAAAGUUAGUUGAUAGAUACUUUCCCGUUCACCCAUUAAAAAAUCGAUUUAGGGACCGGAAAAGAUGGUUAACUCCUGAUAUUCGCAUUUCCGGCCGUAAUCUUAGAUUUUUUGGUAUUUUAAAAAAGUUCUACCCGAUAAAUAAUUUUGUAUUGUCGCUAAUCUCGAGAUAUCGAAAAGUUUACCGGAAAGUUGUGUGUGAAGCGAAAAGUCUCUAUUAUUCCAAACGUUUGAAAUAUUCCUCCAAUGAGCAACGCGAAGCGUGGUCAAUUGUUAAUGAGGUUGUGUCCAAAAGUAAUGGCUCUCAAGAAGUGCAGAUUGAUUCUGACAUAUUAAAUAAGUACUUUUGUUCGGUUGCUGAUAUCCUCACAAAGGGUCUCUCUUCCACUUAUGACCCUCUCAAAUUUUUACCUACCACUACUGGAAACUCAUUUUACCUCAGCCCCACUACUCCCAGGGAGAUUUUUUUGCACUAUAGGAUCGAUGAAAAAGAAAAGGGCAUCUAGUGGUAUUUCAGUGAAUUUAUUGGGAAAACUUCCUUUGAGUGCUAUACAGGCUCUUUCUGAUGCUAUUAAUAUUUCAUUUCAGUCGGGCACAUUUUCUCUUUGCCUAAAAUUAGCAAAAAUGUUGCCUCUUUAUAAGGGUGGUGAUCGUUCUAGUCCAUCCAACUAUAGGCCGAUUUCAAUUUUGUCUACUUUAUCUAAGUUAAUUGAAAGACUUAUGAAGGAUCGUCUUUUAAAGUUUCUUCUGAGAGAAGGGGUUCUUCGAGAUGAACAAUUUGGUUUUCUAUCAGGGAAAAGCACCUCUGACGCUAUGUUUGAUUUCUUGUCCAAACUUCUCCAGGGUGUUAAUGGAAGAGAGGCGACUGCGGCGGUGUUCUGUGACUUGUCCAAAGCUUUUGAUUGUGUGAGUCAUAGGAUACUGCUUCAGAAGCUUUCUGCUUAUGGAGUUAGGGGUGUUGCACUGAAGUGGUUUGAGUGCUAUUUGUCUGGUCGCGAGCAGUCUGUGUACCUUAAUGGUGACUUUUCUGGUAGGGAGUCUGUGGAUUGUGGUGUUCCACAGGGGUCAGUUCUUGGUCCCCUUCUAUUUCUUGUAUACAUUAAUGAUCUUAUUACUCUUAGCAUAUGUGGACAUUUUACAUUGUUUGCUGAAGACACAACGGUUUUAUGGUCGAAUAAAGAUCCCAAGCAGCUUGUCAGAGAUGUUGCAGCCGAUCUCCUGAAAUUAAAGCAAUGGUGUGAUUCCAAUCAACUUUGCUUAAAUAUGUCAAAGUCCCAUAUUAUUGGUUUCAAUUUUCAAGCUGAGAGUCUUGAUUUUGGUGAGAACGCAUUGGAUAUGGUAGACAAUUCUGCAUUUCUUGGUUUAGUCAUUGAUAAAGAUUUAAAGUUUUCUGAUCAUAUAAUAAAGUUAAAUAAAAAACUUGCUUCUGGCUGCUUCUCUGUUAGGGCAACCGUUCAUGAACUGGGGAGAGAUGUUGCUCGUGAUGUGUACUUUGCUUUGUUCGAGUCGCAUUUAAGGUAUGCUCUUCCAUUUUGGGGUGCAUGUUCAAAUUAUCUGUUUCAGUCUGUUUUUGUGCUGCAAAAGAGGGCUGUCAGAGGUUUAUUUAAGGCCCAUUCUAGAAUGCAUUGUGGUAAUCUUUUCAAAGAGAGCCGUAUUUUGACCCUACCAUCAUUAUUUAUUUUGGAAACUGCAUGUUUAAUAUUCAAAAAUAAGAACAGUUUUCCAGUCCGACAUCACAGUUAUCCUACCAGACAGAUUAAUAAUAUUCCCCUUCCUAUUCCUCAUUUUACAUCUAUCAAAGAUUCAUUUAUAUAUCGCGGUUUAAUGAUUUAUAAUCACAUUAGCGUGGAAUUAAGAAGUGUUCAGUCUUUGCGCCAGUUUUGUUGUAAACUGAAGUCAUAUUUGCUUCUAAAAGCCUUUUAUUCGAUUGAAGACUUUUUUAAGGUUGAGGAUGUUGUGUAGUAGAUGCUAAGCUUUUAAUCUGUUAAUUUUAAUUUUGAACAUACCUUUAUGUGUCCCUUUAUCUCUGCUACCUUUGUCUACAUGCAUAUAUUUUGUUUUAUAAAGAUUUUGUUUGUAACAUUUUUCUCUUGCAUUUUUUUUUUUUUUUAGGCAUUUUAUAUGUUGUAUAAAUUUUUUAAAUUUGUUUUGUAAAAUCUGAUUUGAUUGUAUUUAUUUUCUGAAGCUUUGUCAAUAAAAUUCGUGUACAUGUACCAAGUUUUCGACAAUAAAGUACUUGAAGGAAAUGAAAUAAUAUUCUUUAACUGCCCCUUAAAAGAUGUUAUCCUAGAGUCAAAAAAGUUUAUCUGUCCUGACAGACCAUUAGCACUUCGAGCCAUUCGUGUAAUUGGCUCAUUAAUGCCAUAAUUGGUAUGGUGGAAUGGGACUGAAAAUAUUUCUGAUUGUCUAUUCAAUCUGGAAGGCACCCUAAGUUUAAAAAGAGACAAUAAGUCCGGACAAUCUAUAGUAGCAUUUAAAACCUUAUGCAUAAAACAUAAGUCGAGUAAUGUUCUUCGUGACUCUAAUGUGGGUAAGUUCAGGUUAUCCCUGACCCACUGAUAGUAAUACUCCUGUCUCCUGUAACCACAUCUAAAAGCCGCCACCCUUAAAAAUUUAUUUUGAGUUUUUUCAAUCUGCUCAAUGUAGCAGUUAUAUGACGGGGACCACACAAUUGAGCCAUACUCUAAGAUGGGCCUAACAAGAGAGCAAUAAAGUAAUCUAAAAGUAAACAAAGACAAAUCAGUUGUAGACCGUUGGAUAAAACCCAGCAUUUUCAUUGCCCUACCAGUCACCUGAUUGAUGUGACUUUUAAAAGACAACCUGGGGUCAAUAAAUAUUCCUAAGUCAGAAACCUCUGUUUUGAAACCAAUUGCUACAUUAUUUAUUUUAUAAAGAAAGGCAAUAGGGUUUCUUGGCUUAGAAAAAGUAAUCUUAUGGCACUUAUUGAUAUUAAGGGACAUUCUAUUCAAGUGGCACCAAUCAAAGAACAAAUUGAGGUCUUUUUGCAGGAGCACAGCAUCAGAAAGGGAUGUGAUAAGCCUAAAUAGCUUCACAUCAUCAGCAAACAUUAGCACACGACAAUUUUCAAGUUUCCAAACAAAAUCAAUCAAAAAGAGGCAAACCAAAACAGGGCCCGAGUGAGAGCCCUGUGGCACCCCAGAUGGCACCAAAAUUUCAGAGGAAUAUGUACCUCCAAGAUUAACAAUCUGGGUUCUACCUCUGAUGAAUCCUGAAAUCCACUGAAGAAGAGGCCCAAUACCACAAUACCUAAAGGCCUAAGUUUCUGCAAGAGUACCCCAUGGUUAACCCGAUCAAAAGCUUUGAAAAAAUCUGUAUAUAUUGAGUCAACCUGUCCCUUCUCCAAGUAGCGGUAGAGAUAGUUGACAUACAGCACCAAAUUAGCAUCAGUAGAUCUGCCUUUUAUAAAUCCAAAUUGCUCAGCAUUAAAUAAAGAUUUAAAACUCCAGGCAAUCCUUUGACUGACCAGGCAGUCAGCUUUUCAUUAUUUCAUUAUUUGGAGGGAUCAGUACACCCUGACUCCCUGCCACAUUUAUUUACAGUAAUUUUAUAAAAAGAAAAAU